AUGGGAUUCACGACAAGACUCAUAGGAGCGCAGUCACUCCCGAGCUUCACGUCUCCUGGAGAGCUCAGGUACAAUAUGCCAUCUGAGAUCAGCACCCCCGUGGAAACUGCGGCGGAUGGCAUUGAUCCCCCUUUGACCAAGGAUGAAUUCGAAAUAGCCUUCUCCUUUCGAAAACAAGCCCGUGAAACCGAGAGAGCCUGCGCUAACAUGACCGUGGAUUACAAUGCCACCAUUGAUCCGUACCGUGCCACAACGCUUCAACCUGCCUAG